CAUAAUAUUCGUGGGAAAAUUAAAUACCCCCUGGGUCGACAAUGGGCUAACGUUGUUUUUUGUUGAUCGGAAAAUAGAUUGCUGACCAUAACAAAACAAGCGCGUCUUCCCAUCGAGGAAGGGAAUUUAACAACUAAAACUCCCCUGCAGACACUGUGAAAGGUCAGAACAAAGGUUCUCCUACUCUUGCUCUUGCCACUACUUGAAACUGCGCAAACAAACAACAAUAUUUAAAUGAAUUGGCUGUUAUUGGCUGAUUCAUUUAUUUCCGACUGACGGUGUUUCGACCUUUAUUUGUGACGCACAAGACACAUCGCACCAUGAGACUCAGCUCGGGAAUCCUGCUGGUGCUGCUACUGACCGCUCUGUUGGAAGCAGCGGACUGCUCUUGGCCCUGGCCUUUUUCCAGGAAGCACAAUCAGAAUAUGCCGACGCCGCCGCCCACGCCCCCGCCAGAGCCCAAAAUGUCUCCAGUAAUAUUUGUGCCAGGUGAUGGCGGCUCACAGCUAGACGCGCGCCUGAACAAGUCGAGUGCUCCCUACUUUGUAUGCCAGAAAACCCAUGACUGGUUUAAUCUCUGGCUCGACCUGGAGCAGCUGGUGGUGCCUAUGGUGUACUGCUGGAUAGACAAUGUCAAGUUGUACUACGACAAGGCCACCCGUACGACGCACAAUACCCCGGGGGUGGAGAUCCGGAUACCUGGUUGGGGUAAUCCCGAGGUGGUGGAGUGGAUAGAUCCGACGAAGAACAGUGCUGGGGCGUAUUUCAAGGACAUCGCUAACGUGCUUGUGAGCAUGGGCUAUGUGCGGAAUUUGAACAUACGCGGAGCACCCUACGACUUCCGCAGAGCACCAAAUGAGAAUAAACAGUUCUUCAUCGACCUUAAGCAGCUUGUCGAGGAGACCUACGAGGUGAACAACCAGUCAGCCGUCACCUUCAUAACUCACAGCAUGGGCAGUCCAAUGACCCUAGUUUUCCUGCAGCAACAGACCCUAGAGUGGAAGAAUAAAUAUGUAAGACGGCAGAUAAGUCUGGCUGGCGCGUGGGCUGGCAGCAUAAAGGCAGUGAAAGUCUUUGCCAUGGGCGAUGAUCUGGACUCGUUCGCUCUGAGUGCCAAGAUCCUUAGGGCUGAGCAGAUAACACAUCCUUCGUCGGCUUGGCUACUGCCAUCGCCGUUGUUCUGGAAGCCGUCGGAUGUUCUUGCCACGACCCCCUCUCGGAACUAUACUAUGGCACAGCUCAAAGAGUUCUUCAAUGAUAUCGACUACAUGACGGGCUGGGAAAUGCGUAAGGACACAAUGCGCUAUAGCCAAAACUUCAGUCCCCCCGAUGUUGAGCUGCAUUGCCUAUACGGCGACGGCAUAGACACAGUCGAGAGAUUACAGUAUAAAAAGAAUAAUAUUGCCGGACAAACACCCAAUCUAAUCAUGGGCCCGGGCGAUGGCACUGUGAACCAGCGUUCGCUACGGGCCUGCAAAUACUGGUCGGGAUACACGAGCUCCCCCAUUUCGACGUUGGCCCUGCAGGGUGUGGACCAUAUAAAGAUCCUAUCGAAUGAAGAUGUUCUCCAAUAUGUUCGCACUGUUAUCCAGCAGCCGUAGUCAGAAAGUUUGCCUGUUUUAUUAGACUAAGAUGUUUUGUUUCUGGUACGAAAUAUCCAAAAAGAUGAUCUGUGUAAACCUUUACGAUCAAAUAAUGCCAAUUUUAAUUUUAAAUAAAUGUGAUUGUUUAAAUAGUAC